AUGUUGCAGCCACCUGUACCCUUCUUGCCUUUUUUCUUUUCCUCGCUCUCUGAAUUUUCUCUCCAACUUCCUGCUUUCUCAAAGUCUGCCUCAGCUCUUCUCCAACACACCAACUCUUUCCCAAGCUCUCUUACUACCCCAACUCAUUUUCUACUACCCCAACUUGCCAAUCACGGCAUUGAUCUAGGAGGAGUCUGCACCCCCGCCCCGUGCUGA